AUGUUUGCUGAUUCUACUAAGGUCAAGCAAGUAGCUUUAGUUUCGAAGGAUGACUCUGGCGUGUCAAACAUCGAAUGGUUGGCUUCUUUAUUAGCGCAAGUGAGCGCUGGGGCUCCAGAAGAAGCAUCCAAAGUCAGUAGGCCAAAACUCUUCCGGGAUAAUUCAUCAGACCCAAUCCGUGCACAAAUAGUUGAAUCUCUUCUGUCAAACAAGAGAUUGCAAGAACUAUGCACCAGUCCGCUAAGCAUUGCAAGUCUUCUUCGCCACACAAGCUUCAUAUCACUGUUAGGACAGGAUAUGAGCAAUCAAUUAGGUCUUUCCCUAAGCAUCCCUGUAGACACACUUCCAGCUGUGGCGGAGAUCGCAGCUCUCCUGGAGAUCUGUGAUGAGGAAGUACGUAGUACACUCCUGCAUCCAGCGGAUGGAUAUGCUGCCCUGUUAAGACAGCGUCACGCCAUACAGCGGAAGCUUGAAAGCCUUGCCAGCUAUGCUCGGGCUUGUUGCUCUAUGGCUGACGCAAUCCCGUGCCUAAUGUCAUCACGCCUCGACACAAUUCUGGGCCACAUAGAACAGAGGUACUUUCAACAGCAUUCACUUUAA